GCUGAGCCGGAAGCUGGAAUUAUUGUGUCUGCAGCCCUUCCUAAUGAUGUGCUCGACAAUCCUGCUCCUCCUGCUGACACUCCUGGAUUCCAUCGUGACGUACAGAGAGAUGAAGAACUUUAUUUCCAUCCUGUGGGUGGAAUUUCACCAUGGCAAAGGAGUUAAAUUUCCUUAUCGCAACCCCAUGAAGUGGAGAGAGAUGAUAUUACACCGAGAAUAUUCUCAUCCAGAGCUCAGCAAUGAUUUUAAUAAAAGUCAAAGUGGCCGCAACCGCACAAUAAACUGGAGCGAGUGCAUCGGGUACAAGCACCCACAAUUGACUUUCCUGUCGAGAGUUACAUUCUGGUGGCUGACACCGCUUCUGUGGCGCGGCUGGUGGAAGCCACUGGAGCCGGAGGAUUUGGGAAAUUUGAGUGAAGAGGACACUUGUCGCUAUCACUAUGACAAAUUCCUCCUCAACUGCCGCAGCUCGGCGUCCAGAUCCUUGUGGCGUGCCUACAUGCGGACGUACUGGCGAGAGACGGCGCUCGGCGGCGCUCUGAGGCUGCUCAGCGACGCCAUGACGCUCGUGGGGCCGCUGGGCAUCUCCCUGGUGGUGGAGUACGUGGCGCACGACCAGAGCCUGGCGGCGCAGAGUGCAGCCAACGCCACAGCUCACGUGAGCGUGAGUGAUGACAUCCACUUUGUCACUUGGCGUGACUUGGUGACGAACGGAUGGUUCGUGGCGGUGGUGCUGCUGCUGGCGUCGCUGGCGCAGGGCACCCUCUCGCAGUCCUCCACCCACGUCAUCAGCAUGGUGGGAAUCCACCUCAAAGCCGCCAUUCAGGGGCUCAUCUAUCGCAAAACCCUCUCCCUCAGUCCGGCCUGCUUCCGCCACGCCGACUCCACCGCGGCGCCCGACCCAGAAGAGCACGCAGCAGAUGGAGAGGCGCACAGCGAGACCGAUGCGGGAUCCAUUACCAAUUUGAUGACGGAGGAUGCGGAGAACAUCAUGUCAUUCUUCUGGAUCAUUCACUACGUGUGGUCGAUACCUCUGAAGAUAUCCAUUGUAAUUUAUUUGCUAUAUUUGAAAUUGGGCUGGAGCGCAGUAUUCGGAUCAUUAAUUUGUGUGGCUUUAAUGACGCCGUUACAAUUUAUAAUUGGAAAAAUGAUGUCAAAAAAUGCGGAAAAAAUGUCGCAAUACACAGAUGAGCGAUUAAACAAAUUGAAUGAAAUACUUUUGGGCAUUCGGAUAAUAAAGCUGAAUGCUUGGGUGGAAAGCUUCAAGGAACGCCUCCACGCUUGCCGUGAAAAGGAGUUAAGACCCAUGAAAUUGGACUGUGUCUACUGGACGGCACUGACCUUCCUCACUCAUGUGGCGUCAAUUCUCAUUGCUUUUGUCACACUGGCCAUUGCCACCGGCUAUGAAGGUGAUUUUUCAUCGAGCCGAGUCUUUUCUGCCCUGGCGCUCUUCAAUCAGCUCACCAUUGCACUCUUUAUCUUCCCCAUAACCGUGCCCAUUACCAUUUCCGCCAUCAUAAGCACGAGACGCCUGGAGACUUUUAUGGCCAUGCCAGACGUUCACAAGGAGGUGGAUGGGAGCCAAAAUGUGGCACGUGUUCUCAGUCGUGGCGAUAAUUUGCUGGAUAUCUAUGAAAAUGAAGAUCUCAGCGACACGGACGCGCCUGACAAUGGUGCUCACGUGACGGAAUGCCCGGCGGCGGGGGGCGCUCCCGGCCCCACGUCGGGCCACAGGGGCAAGUCGAAGCUGCGGAAGAGCAGCCUGAGUCUGUACAGUCAGCUGGAGCGCAACCGGGAGAGGCGAAAGGCUCCCGGCAAGGAUUCAACUGCACCCGCUGAACAACCGCCCAGCAUAUCCGAUUCAACAGUGCUCAGGAUAACUAAUGGGGUGUUCACAUGGAACAAGAAUCACUUAAAUGCUAUCAAUUUGGCCAUAGAGCAUUUACAAGUGAAUAAGGGCGCCCUCGUGAUGGUGGUUGGUCCCAGCGGCAGCGGAAAAUCAUCCCUGUUGGCCGCCCUGCUGCGCGAAAUCCACCUCAUUUCCGGAUCACUCGCGUGGAACAGAUUUGCCACGGUGGCAUAUGUGUCACAGACUUCGUGGGUGCUCAACACCUCAAUAAGGGACAACAUCCUGUUCGGCGAAUCCUUCCGACCGAAGAGAUACGACAAAGUUGUGGAGGCAUGUGCCCUCAAACCGGACAUUGAAUUGAUGCCGGAACAGGAUUCAACCAUAAUUGGCGAACAGGGAAUCAAUUUGUCUGGCGGUCAGAGGCAACGAAUUGCAAUUGCACGAGCACUGUAUUCCUCAGCCAAUGUCGUCAUCAUGGAUGAUCCCUUCUCGGCAUUGGACCAUGAAGUUACGAAAUUCGUUUUCGAGAAUGGCAUCAAGAAAAUGCUCAUUCGUCAUAAGCGAACAACUAUUCUGGUUACGCAGAAUCUUCAGCUGAUUCGUGGUGCUGAUAUGAUAAUUGCCAUGGAGAAUCACAGAGCACGCAUUGUUGGCGCCCUGUCGGAUAUUAUGAGGGAUGAUGCGGAAUUGUACGAGGUGUGGCAGAAAUCCUGGAGCUCGCAGGAUCGUGUGUCGAGCUCCGGCAAAACUGCACGGGAGCGUUGGAAGCUAUUCAAAAAUGUUGCCAAACUCGGAUUGCAGAAGGUGAACUCCGAUGACGGUGAAGUAACCAUGCGCAAGCUCAGCUACUUGCCUUCGAAAUCACGUUCCAGCAUCUACGGAUCCAGUCUUCUGGCUCACGACAUUCCGCUGCCAAUCGAUGAGUGCUACGGCGAAGAGGUGCAAAUCCGCAGGCGACCGAGCAGGUGGAUGAGCAGAGAACGCGCCGGAAUGCUGAGGAUAAAAUCCCUACAGAGCGAGCCGAGCAGCAAAUCCCGCAAUCCCGUGAGCAGGAACAUCUCCUCGCCGACGCGCCUCCAGAGUGAAAAUCCAGUGACGGAAGGUGAUGAAUGUAGUACAAGCAAAUUCUACAAUCUCUUCAGGCGACUGUCUUCCCGCCGGAGCGCCAGGAAUGCGAUGCUGGCGACGCCGGAAGAGGAAUUCACGCCAGGAAAUCGUCUAUCAAGCAGACAUUGUCGCAAAGCGAGCACUUCCAAUUCGAUACAGAGCAUCGAGGAGGAGGAGGAGGAGGCAGAACUUGCUGUUGAGUGCAGCGAGAGCUCAGGAAAUGUGGCAAACUACGAGGAGGAGCGGAAAUACGGGGAAAUCCCCGUGCGGAUCUACUGGCAAUACCUGAAGGACUGCGGCCUGGGGGUGGUGGCGCUUUUUUGCCUAAUUGCCCUCUCAUGGCAGACCCUGAGGGUGCUCACGGAUGUGUGGCUCCAGUCGUGGACCAACACCAUCGAUCUGACCGCCCAGGCGGACACUCGCCACUACUUCAAUAUCUAUGCCAUUCUCUCGGGCGGAUGUGUCCUGCUGUCGAUGCUGUCGACGCCGAUUGGACAAUAUGCUGGCCUUAGAGCACGUCGUAAAAUUCAUGCGAAACUACUUGAUGCCAUUCUCGGCAACUCUCUGCGAUUCUUCCAGACGACACCGCUGGGUCGAAUCAUGAAUCGAUUCAGCAAUGAUAUGGCCAUAAUUGAUAAGAAAAUCGCUCCGACUAGCCAGCGUCUUUUGCAGUUUCUGCUCCUCUGCCUGUGUUCAAUAUUAAUUAAUUCCUUCAUCUCGCCCUGGUUCCUGCUGCUCUCCCUGCCCAUUUGCGCCAUAUACUAUGGCGUUCAGCAUUUCUACAGGAGCUCAUCGAGACUUUGGUGUGAUCCCAGAGAACUGCAGCGCAUCGUGAACAUCAUGAGUUCGCCAAUAUUGUCCCACUUCACGGAAACAAUUCAGGGUGUUGCGACAAUUCGGGCGUACAAUCAGGAAGCCCGCUUCAUGGAGAUUCUCUUCAGGCGAAUGGAGGCCAACAAUGUGGCGUUCGUAAUUUUAAACACGAGCAAUCGGUGGCUGGGAAUAGCUCUGGACUAUCUGGGCGGAAUUAUUGUCUUUCUCGCCAUUGUGACCGCAUUGUUUACGGCGCACAUUUACGCGGAAACAACGCUCCCAUCAAUGGUGGGACUGGCCAUUAACUACACCCUCCUGGUGCCGAUCUAUCUGAAUUGGGUGGUGAAGCUGCUGGCCGACAUGGAAAUGUAUGUCGGCGCUGUUGAGCGCAUUGAAUAUUACAUUAAAAGCGGAAGUCGCGAGUGUACAGAUGUUUAUAAGCCCGUUCCAAUAUCGUGGCCCCAGAGAGGCGACAUUGUCUUUGAGAACGUCUCAUGUCGCUAUGGCAGUCUCGGGCAAGAUAUCAUCGCAAAUUUGUCUCUCAAGAUUCCUGCCGGUCAAAGGAUUGGAAUCUGCGGCCGCAGCGGAAGUGGCAAGUCAUCGCUGGCUCUGGCACUCUUUGGCGCCCUCACCACGAGCGGCGGACGCAUAUUGAUCGACGAUGUGAGCAUAGCCGAAAUCCACGUGGACGAAUUGCGGUCACGCCUGUCGAUAAUCCCGCAGGAUGUUGUCCUCUUCCGUGGCACCGUACGUGAUAAUUUGGACCCACGUGGCCACUUCAGCGACAUGCAGUGCUGGAAUUGUCUCGAGAUGGCGCAGAUUAAGCAGCUCAUCCAGGCAAAUCCGGCCGGAUUAGACGCACAGGUGGAGGAGAAUGGGUCGAAUUACAGCGUGGGCCAGCGCCAGCUCUUCUGUCUGGCCAGAGCGGUGCUCCGGGGCUCGGUGUGUCUGAUCCUGGACGAGGCCACGAGCGCCCUCGAUCCCUUCACGGAGCGCACGCUGCUGCAGGCGGCCAACGACGCCUUCCACGGGCGCACCAUCAUCAUGAUCACCCACCGCCUCGCCACCCUGCUGACCUACGACCGCGUCAUCGUGCUGGAGGCGGGCCGGGUGGCGGAGGAGGGCUGCCCCAAGGUGCUGAAGGAGACGCGCGGCAGCAAAUUCGCCAGUAUGCUCCAGAGCUCAUAUCACGAAAGCACAUAAUUUCAUCUUUUCCUCCCGCACGACCCGCAGUAAUCAGAUUUGUGCCAUAACUUCAUUUGACUUAAUAUAAGGGAUGCCGUCUCCUCCCGCAUUAACGCACUCCCAUGGGUUACCGAGUGAGAAUAAACACGCCAUGUCAUUGGUGGAUGUGGCGGCAGUCAUAUCCCAGGGAUCAAAGGCAUUUCCUCCAGAGUUUUAUGUCCUCUCUCACUCUCUUGACAAAUCGAUUUUUUCCUUCGCCCACGCAGCAACUUUCUGGGCUGCGGAAUUGAGAUUCUAUCACAGUCGCAUGCAAAUUAGAUAUUCAAUGAAUUAUGAAAACAUGGCAAUGCGCCCAAAUCGACCCCAAUGGCGAGACAGUUGAUAAAAGCUGAGGCAACUCGUUACCUAAAAUUUCUAGCUCUAGAAUAUUCAUAGUGCAUGAGAGCUAAUUGCAAUAAAAGUUUCCAAGUUUCUCAACUCUAUUUAGUCACUGGAUGCUCGACAAAUGAGAAAUCCAAUUAUGUUAGAAGUUUUAGGCGCUCCAAAAUUGCUAUGAUUGUCAAUUGAAGCUGAAAGGGUUAAAAUAAAUAUCAUGAGUUUAUAGCUUA